CUGUCUCCAUCUCUUCUCUUCCUCACUGGUCCCUUAAGCCUGCUGCAUCACAGGAGCUAUCCAGUGCUGAACAGGAUCGCUUUUAUUUUUUAUUUUUUUAUUUUUCCUGGGGAAGCUGGGGGAGCCAGAGAGUAUCACACAGCAUCGCCGUCAGCCUUGUUCUCCACUGGUUUCCAUUUUCUUUCUUAUCUUAUGUUUUUGGCCGCCGUCUUCACAUUAAUCGCAAGGAUUACCUUCCAGCCAGCCCUGCUCGCGUGCUUCCUCCGAGGGUUUUCAUAUUUUCUCUCAUGCAUUUUUUUUCUAAGCUCUGUGUUUUUAUCCAUUGAAACAUGCCCCGCUCAUUUUUGGUGAAGAAAAUCAAGCUUGAUGAUUUCUCUUCGUCCAAUGUGGCCACCUCCAACCAUCAUCACCACCUGGACGACUCGUUCACUUUUGCACGCUCCAUCACAGACUCGGUGACCAGCCUUGGUGUUCGUCUCAGCGAGAAUGGCUAUAUCCAGGAUUACAUCACGCCAUCUGUAUACCAGGGGGAGAAGAAGAUGGAGCACAAGUUGGCUUCGCCGGUGUCAGACCCCCUGUACACACCGGUGAGCAGCGGAGGGGAGUACUGUGACCCCGACCUGAAGCAACCCGACAGCCCCCAGUCUGGCAUGACAGCCAGCGGCUUCUACAGUGGUGAAUCGGAGGCCCUGGCCGAGGGUUACACCAUGGAUGCCUUUUUCAUCUCUGACGGGCGCUCGAGGCGAAAGGGUGACAGCGAGAGUCGUGGAGGGGGCUCCAGAAGCAGCAGCGCCAACGCUGGGACUCCGGAGGGGGUACCGGGCACGGCUCGCCAUUCCUGCAACGAGUGCGGCAAGACGUACGCCACCUCCUCCAACCUCAGCAGACACAAGCAGACGCACCGCAGCCUGGAUAGCAAGAUGGCCCGCAAGUGUCCCACCUGUAAUAAAGUGUACGUGUCCAUGCCGGCAUUGGCCAUGCACAUCCUCACCCAUGACCUCAAGCACAAAUGCGACGUGUGCAGCAAAGCUUUCAGCCGGCCGUGGCUCCUUCAAGGUCACAUGCGCUCACACACGGGGGAGAAGCCCUUUGCCUGCGCCCACUGUGGCAAAGCCUUUGCUGACCGUUCAAACCUCCGCGCCCACAUGCAAACACACUCUGCCUUCAAGCACUACAGAUGCAAGCGCUGCAAUAAGACCUUCGCUCUCAAGUCCUACCUGAACAAGCACUAUGAGUCAGCUUGCUUCAAGGGCUCCGCAGACGAAGACGACUCUGGAUCAGAAAACUAACCCCCGAGGAAGAAGCUAAAUUUUGAACCCCCGUUGUAGGUUCACCACCAAUAACCCUGUUCACUCUGCCCUCCAUGCCUUUUUUCUUCCCUUUUUUUAGAAAGCAAUAUUUUCACUGAGAUUACGUGAAGAAACUCUAAUGAUUAUGGCAAAGACAAUUUCAAAAGAUGCUGGAUUUUUUCCCUGCACAGUAGCUAAUCGUCCACAGAAACAUACAAUCAACAACCUUCCCCCAAAUAGAGACUGUAGAUGAUAGUUGUACACAAUGACUCAACAUGUACUCGCAUGGAUGCGUGCUCAUGUAAACACACACAUACACACACUCACGCAGACAUGUAUGAAUACACACUCACACAUACUUGUACUUCAGUCUUUAUGAGGACACUUACUUACAUAAUGCUAUAACCCACUAUGCUAAUCUUAAUUAUCACAGCUAAAUGCCUAAUCCCAACCUUUAGCCUAAUCCUAAUUCUAACCUGAAACCCGAGACCAGUAAACCCUGAAAUGUCCCUUUGCAUUCGUGGGAACCAGAAUGUCCCGACUUUCCUAAAUGUCCCCACCUGUGGGGUGUAUGUCGCUGGUCCCCACAAGGAGAGAAGUACAAGUACACAGACAAACACACACACUUACACACAAUUAUAUAUGAGGCCUGGCAUGUGAAUUUUUAUCAAUGACUAUAAUGAUAUUGAUAUCAAUAGUAAUAAUAUUUAGAUUCCUGAUAUUUUAUAGCAAAUAGUAAUGAGAAAACGACAAAAAAACAACAUAAAAAAGGACUAACAGUGUUCUUUUGUUUUUUAGAGACAAAAUGACCUCUUGUAUUUUUAUGCUGCUUUUUAUUUGCUAAGAAUUGAAUUCUUUUGCAACUGCCAACAUGAACUUUUUAUGAAAAUGUGAACUAUGACAGUAUUUGCAAAAAAAGGGAGAUCAUUUUAAAAGGUUAAACGACAAACCCUUUUUUCCACACCAAUGUUUUAAUUCAACGGAUGUUAUUUUUGUAUUUGAUUUUUCUAAAUUUAUUUUUUUGUGCUUAUUAUCCCUUGUUGAUCAAAAGCAUCUUUGUAACUGUGGGUAUUUAAAAUGGUAAAAAAAAAAAAAAAAGCUAAUUUAAAUAAGCUGGACAAGAUGAUGAUAACAGGCCGUAGGUCGUUCAGUCGAAUCCGCCAAUAGCAGUGAUGUUAAAACAUUUAACAGGCCUGUUGAACAGGCGAUCACACCACAUCCAAUCAGAUUCAUAGUCUCACCCUGACGAGAAAACUCUGAGAGCCAGACCAAAUGACGUGUUGUUUUUAAGUGCCAUGUGCGGUUGAUUUGUCUAUAGCAAUGAAAACUUUCGUUGUUCUUCCUCCACCAUGGUGGCUUGCAUGAACUCUGCUGCCUUUAUGGUGCAUCAUCAGUCUUAACAAAGCAAUGUGCAGCCAGUGUUUGAGGUGCUCCGCCACCGCCAGUGUUACCUCAGAGUGAAGGUAUGGACACACACACCCUCAGUUACAAAGUGACAGUCGAAUCGUUCUGUUUGUCCCUUUUUAUAUGUCGCUCAAAGCUCCGCCCACGGUUUUAAAUGCAUCCCAUCUAUUUAUCAUGUAAAUACUUUAUUUAUCUACCUAUUUAUCUAUUUAUUUUGUAUUAUUUAUUUAUCUUAUUUUUGUGUAUUUAUUGAAGACAGAAUUAUUCGUUGAUUAUCAUGUAUUUAUUUACUGUUUAUAAUUUUAAAAUAUGAACAUCCAUUGACCUUGUAAGAUGCUGCUGAUCUUCAAAGAAAAUGUUUAUAUGCAUGAAAACUGUAGAGAGUCCGAGGGACUUAGUUUUUUAAAGAGGAACAAUGUACGGUACCAGUGCUAGAAGAACUUCCAACUAAUGAAUGCAGAGUUACUUUUGUUUUCAUGGCAAUAAUUUACACUGACACGGCAAUUUGACAUGUAUAACAAUCACAGUCACUGUCCUGUUUUCAGUCGAUUUAGGGCAAUAAAAAGAAACGAUGAAAAUGAAAAACUAAAAUAUUCUCCAUGUUGCUGUUUCCCGGCCUCCUGAAGACUGGAGGUUCUCUUUAAAUCCGAGGCAAUAAAUAAUUCCCAGAAAUGGACGCUGAUAUGUUCAUAAACACGUGAAACUAUCCGACAGAGAGUUGAAUAAUGUGGGUGUAAUUCAUCCAGAUUUAAAUGUGCUGAAGCAAUAAAGAUAGUGAUGUAGUAACAAUGGACAACACUCCAUCCUUUACACAGCGAGCGGAAAUAUGCUACAAGUGUUAAUUUGACUGGAAGAAGCUGAUGUUCCUUGUUUAUUUCGUAUUAUUUGAACUGUCUCUUUUGUUUCUAAGAUUAACCAGGUAUAAAAUCUCUUCUGGCAGCUGAGGGCAGACUUGAUUCGACUGAAGUGUUUGAAAGUUACAUAUUCCGCAGCAGGAAACAUUAAUUUCCACUUAGGUCACUGACAUAAUGAAAACGUUUAAAAAUAUAUAGUUAAAUAAAAAAAAUCACCGCUGCUCCCAAAUGUUUCGGCGCCAUUUAAACCAGCUGAGGUGUUAAAGGAGAGAGACCUGCUGAGAUCCCAUUAUGAUGACUGUGUACAUUUCUAACCAGCACUAACCGGAAAUGGUAAAGAAGGUUUGCUGUAAUGCAUCUCUAAACCACCCCCCCCUCCUCCAUUAUUUCCUCCCCCUGCCUGGCGUCC